CUUUAUUACCCUGAAUCAUCUCCUCAAAUCCCUUCUGGAUCGUUUGAGGAUCAGGAAGGGGUGGGCCAGGGGGAGAGGCACUUUUUGCGGCGCUUUUUUGUUUGGGUUUUUCCUGGGCCUGGGCAUCCUCCAAAGGGGUGCGACCUCAGUAUUUUCAGGUUCUUCAGGUCCCUGGGUGGUUUUGGGGGCACGAUAGGGCGUGGCAGAGAUUAUUUGUACCGCUGCUUAGAGCAGUGCGAAAGCGAUUGGCUUUGUCCUGCAGCGAUAUCGGAAGUGAACGGGAUGUUGGGGAAGAACAUGGCAAAGUUCUGCUCCGGCGAUUAUAACCCCGACGUGGUUCCUGCGGAGACCAGGCACCUCGAUCCUCUUCUGAGCGCGGCAUCGAAAUCACCCCCGGCUCAGGUUCCAGUCAAAGGCUUGGACGACCGCCUCUUCUAUAUCUACACUUCAGGGACGACGGGAAUGCCCAAAGCUGCCAUUGUGGUGCACAGCAGGUAUUACCGCAUCGCCGCCUUCGGUUACUACGCCUACAGAAUGCGCCCGGAGGACGUCCUCUACAACUGCCUCCCGCUCUAUCAUUCUGCAGGUAACAUCAUGGGAGUUGGCCAGUGUCUGAUCCACGGCCUCACCGUGGUGAUCAGGAAGAAGUUCUCGGCCAGUCGCUUCUGGGACGACUGCACGAAAUACAGAUGCACGAUUAUUCAGUAUAUCGGGGAAAUCUGCAGGUACCUUCUGAACCAGCCGGUGCGAGAGUCAGAAACCCAGCACCGCGUGCGGCUGGCGGUGGGCAAUGGUUUGAGACCCACCAUAUGGGAGGACUUCACAAAACGCUUCCGAAUCCAGCAGAUCGGAGAAUUCUACGGCGCCACCGAGUGCAACUGCAGCAUCGCCAACUUGGAUGGGAAGGUCGGUGCCUGCGGUUUCAACAGUCGGAUUUUGCCCAAUGUUUAUCCCAUUCGUUUGGUGAAGGUAAAUGAGGACACGAUGGAGCUGAUCCGGGAUUCCGGGGGGCUGUGUAUCCCCUGUCGCCCAGGAGAGCCGGGAUUGCUCGUCGGGCAGAUAAACCAGCAGGAUCCCCUGCGUCGCUUCGACGGCUACGUCAGCGAGAGCGCCACCACAACAUCGCGGGCUCGAGCGCUAACGAACUCGAGUCCUGAGGCGGUGUUUUUGAUCCCUCCCCUGCCAGGAGAUGUGUUGGUGAUGGACGAACUGGGUUACAUGUACUUCAAAGACCGCAGUGGGGACACCUUCCGAUGGCGAGGAGAGAACGUCUCUACCACCGAGGUGGAAGGAACCUUGAGUCACAUCCUCAACCAGACGGACGUGGCGGUGUACGGGGUGGAAGUCCCAGGGGUGGAAGGCAAAGCUGGGAUGGCGGCGAUCGCGGAUCCCAAAGCUAAAGUCAACCCCAACGUCCUGUACCAGGAGCUGCAGAAGGUGUUGCCUCCCUACGCCCGCCCCGUCUUUCUCCGCCUCCUGCCCCAGGUUGACACCACAGGUACAUUUAAGAUUCAGAAAACCCGCUUACAGAGGGAAGGAUUCGACCCCCACCAAACCUCAGACCGGUUGUAUUUUCUGGAUCUAAAGUUGGGAAAAUACGUCCCUCUGGAUGACUGCCUUUACGAAAGGAUUUGUUCGGGAAAAGCCGCUUUAUGAUCUCGCCCGUCUUUGGCCUUUUUGAGGAAAAACGAUGCCUAAUGGCGGGGCGGAGGCUGGCGGGAAGCGCCGGAUCCCGCCCGCGUCCUUCCCCGGUGA